AUGUUCCACAAGAAGGCUAAGUACAGGUUUGUGGGCAAAAAGAACCCUAAACCUGAGAAACCCAAAAAGCCUUCAAUUGCUGUGAAGCAAAUUGGUGGUGAGAAGAAUGGAGGAACUCGUACUGUGUUGCUGCGUCGUAGAAGAUCUUUCUACCCUACUCAGGACAAGAUCCGCUCCCGCCCGCAUCACAAGACUUUCAGCAAGCACGUGCGCAGGAUUAGGCCUACACUUACUCCUGGCACCAUCUGCAUCUUGCUCGCUGGUCGCCACGCUGGUAAACGCGUUGUACUCGUCGGAGUCCUGCCCAGUGGCUUACUUCUUAUCACCGGACCCUUCGCUUUCAACUCGUGCCCCUUAAGACGCAUUCCUCAGCACUAUGUCAUUGGCACAUCAACCAAGUUGGACCUUGGAGACUUCAAGCUGCCAGAACACCUUAAUGAUGAGUACUUUAAAAAGAACAAGAAGAGUGUCAAACGCAGCGUUAAGCGCAAGCAGGGUGAAGACAUCUUUGCCUCAAAGAAAGAGAAAUACGUGCCGUCGGAGCAGCGCAAGACUGACCAGAAGACAGUAGAUGACCUGAUUGUGAAAGCAAUCGGUAAGCGCGCCGACAAGAAGACGUUGCGAGGCUACCUCAAAUCCGCCUUCGGUCUGCGCUCUAGCCAGUUUCCACACAGGAUGACAUUCUAG